AUGUGUGUCUACAAUGUUGUUCAUGAGCUAUCUUUAUGUCUGCCACCCUCCUCAAAGGUCCAUGGUUCUUUUCAAUCCCUUUUAUAUCCAAAUCACAUCUUUCUGCCUCCCAAAGGACCAGGAUGGGAAUGUAUCACUUCCGGCCUGAUGACGAGCAUCUGUGCUGCGCUCGUUACUCGUUUCAACUCAAAGAACAUUAAGAUAGGCACUGUUCGAAAGCACAUCAAAAAUGCACAUAUCGAGAUGUGGGGCCGUGUCAAGUUGAUGGAUUCUGAAGAGGGUGAUACAAUCUGGGCGUCUUGCGUUGGUAUGGUCCCUCAAGAUUCUCGGGAUGCCACAUAUGUACGAUAUCUAGCUCUGGUCGAUGUUUACGCACGGCUCAAGAAGUUCAAGCCAAAGUUCGAGAUGCGAACUUUCUAUAGCCAGUUGGAGCAUAUCAUUCUUAUCCGGUUCAGCGAUGACGCCUGUCAGGAAUUUCAAAUACAAAUGGGCUCGGACAUCAUUCUUGCAUCUAUAAGAAGAUGCAAGCUUGAUAAGGAUCAACCUCUGGAGGCGCUUGGAUUACACUUCCACUAUUAUUCUAAUCUUGGCAGGCAUGAGGUCAUUGGAAUUGAGAGCAUCAAGUGUCUUGUUGGUCGGGUAAAGGAUGGGGGUCAUGGAUGGGUGGUCAUGGACUGCAGCGGCUCGCUCGCACGAGAGUUGUAUGAGGGAGACAAUGAUUUCGAAAAUGACUUACGGUAG